AGAGGGACUCUGUGGAAUGGAACGAAGCAGAGGAGAAGCUUGGAGUCCUCUGGCAACCGUAGAAGAGAUCCAACGGCGCCUCAUCCGACCUUCGUCUCUUCUAUCUCCGUCACCCACCUCAUUUCGGAACGAUGUAAGAAGCCGUGAGGAUUUGCAGACGAAGAAAGAAGCCAAAGUGAGAGAAAUGGAGAACAAGAAGCUCGAAGAUUACCUGGAUCCGGCUCUUCUCUCUGCGGUUUCUUCCAAACUAGGUCGGCAAAAGAAGGACGGGGAGAUGAAGAAGCUGAAGAGAGAGAUUCAGAAGUUCCAAUGGCCAGUUGAUGAAUUGAAAGUUUUCGUGAACGAUUCGAGGAUGGAGAAGACGAUGGAUUGGAGCAGUGACGAAGUCGUAGAUCUCAAGGACGAUAAUGGGAUUGAUUGAAGACGGGUGUUGAACCUGC